ACACAGCGAAGUGCAUUGCAUUAGCAUUGCAUCGCGGGGCUGCGCUAUGUUCGCGUGCGCACGUACGUAGAUCGCUGUUGUAUCAAUGAAAUUAAUUGUGUGUGAAGAAAUGAAUGGGUGUGGAGCAGAAACUCCAGACGUGUAUUGUUCCUUUUAAAUCAUUUGUUAUUUUUAUAACAAAGCAAGAGAGAAAGAGUGCUGCGGCCGGGAGACAUUCUUCUGGGAUAUUAUUCCGUGAUUUACCCAUAGUUUUUGUGAUUCCAUAAUGUAGUCCUCAAAGGAACCAAGUCCCAAGCAACUCAUUAAGACAACUCACAACUCCCAGCAACAUCUCCCAGCAACAACUCCCAGCAACAUUCCAGCAACAACUCAGCUGAGCCUCUCUUUGUCCAAUCACAUGCUGCCACAACUCAAACUGACCAAUCACCAUCCUUCAACCUCAUCAUGAACCAAUCAACAGAGCAGAAUUCAGAGGUAGCCUCAUCGUCAUCAUCAUCAUGCUCAUCAACACCUCCCUCAGCACCAUCAUCAAGCUCCUCGUCGGACACCAUUGCAUCAACGUCGGCUUUGACGUCGACCGCGGAAGCAGCAACAUCUUCAGCGGUGAAGGUGGAGAACCAGCAACUGCAUGGGAUCAAGAAAGUUGUCUCAGCCUUGAAACGUAAACGCACUCCCUGCCCAGAAACUACCAAAGAUGGAGACGAAGACGAAGAAUCCUCCUCCAAGAAAUCAAGACUGGAUGAUGAAUCAUCGUCAUCAGGAGAGGUCAGUUCUGCAGUUAAGGUCAAGAAAAAGAAGAGGCGGGUGGUCUUUGAUGGAGUGACUGUAUUCUUCUUCCGGAGGACUCAAGGAUUUACAUCAGUCCCUAGUCAGGGUGGAUCCACUCUAGGUAUGGCUCCAAGACAUGAAACCAUCGGGAAGUUCAGCCUGAAACAGUUUGAGAUCUCCCAAGAUAAAUGUCAUAGAGCCAUUCUACGCAAGCAGCUGAUGGACAGACGAUGUCAGCAGCUGAGGGAGUCCUCACCUUGCUCCACAAUGACCUUAAGAGAAGCAGAAUCAGACUUAGACGAGGAACUAGACAACAUCAACAUCAAUGACUACUACUUCUUACAGCCGAUUCCAACCAAACAAAGACGGGUGCUACUGAAGCGUUCAGGUGUGAAGAAGAUUGACAACACAGAGAAGAUGGAGCUGAAGCGGAUACGGCUUUCUAGGGAGUCUUGUGGUUGUGACUGUCAGGUGGUGUGUGACCCAGAGACUUGCAUGUGUAGUUUGGCUGGCAUCAAAUGUCAGGUGGACAGGCAGUCUUUUCCUUGUGGAUGCACCAAAGAGGGCUGCCAGAACAAGUUUGGGAGAAUAGAGUUCAAUCCUUCGAGGGUGAGGAAUCAUUUUAUUCAGACUGUGGUGCGACUUGACAUGGAGCAUCGACAAGAAGAUAGGAUGAAUCCUGGUGGACGAAGGAACCUAGAAGAUUGCUUUGAGGGUCCUCCAGACAUGAGCUCCCUCUCACACCCUCUUGAAGAUUGGGGUCAUCAAGCCUCAACCAGUUCCAGCCAUAUGUAUUCAGGAAGCCUUAAUGGAAGGGACUAUUAUGGGAAUGUGGACAUCCCUUUAGGAGAUGACAGGGCCAGCUGUAGCUCCUCCCCGUAUUCCAAGUCAUGUGAUGCUUAUGGAAGUGGAAAUUCCUUGGAGGAGAACAUUCCAGUUGAGGUACGCCCUCCAAGGCAUCAUGACUUGAUUCCUCAAAUGCUGCAGUUCAAUGAGUCCGAGGACGAAAGUGCUAUGACCCAACCUAUCGCACCCUUAUGUAAUGUUCCCUUGCCCACAAUGCCUUGCUAUGACAGUUCUGAAGAUAAUCUGAGUUCAACAUCAGAUACAACAUCUAGCUCGGAAGCAAGCUCCAACUAUGAUCUUAACGAAUGCAGUGCAUCCUUCAACAUGAAAUCAUCAGCUGAUUACAACCUUGCCAGUAGUUUAGUGCAAUCAUCAGAGGUUAAUAGUCUGUCCCAUAGUUCAACUGUAGAGGGCACCUUGCCACAUUUGACGCCACUAGAGGUAGCCACUAUCUUCUCUACCUCUAAACAAACUGUUGAUGACGCAAACAGUAAGACAUAUACUGAACUGAAGCAGCCAGACAGCUACACCAAUAGUAGCUUUUCAACUGGUCUGUACAAUCCUGAAAAUUCCGCCCAUAGUAGUUACAGUGAGAUUUUUAUGCCGUAUGAUAAUUCAAAAGUAGCAGAAAGCAUCCCACUCACACUCCCUACAUUGACACCAGCACCUCCUGCGUACACCACCUGCAGUAGUCCUACUUCAUCCACUACAUACACAGUCAUGACUUCACUGAAUGAUGUGGAUUCCUUAGCUGAGAUGCAAGAGACUGCCAUAGCCACCAGCAAGCUCAGUUCAGUCACGUUUGGGAUGAAGGAUGAUCCUUCUUCCUCAUUCACUCCACCAGAACCUCUCCUUUACAGCUCAACAUCCAUGGGUAGUGUGACGGACAUCUCCUCUAGCUACCCUGUCACUCCACGUUGUAAUGAAAGCCAUGGGAAUGAAGCCACAGCAGCUGAAACCACUGAUGGUCCUAGUGUCCACCAAGGAGGUGGAAUUAAUGGCAACAGGAUCUCUCCUGCAGUAGACAGUCCAAGUGAUACUGUCCUUGGUAAUCCUUGCAUGCCAGUUGGACUCUGCUCAUCCAGUGAGGAAAGACCAGUCUUUGACAGUGUUGAUGCCGUUCAGUCUCACACAGAUCGAGAAUCCACCGAUACAUGCAGUGUGGAGAGUUCGCCAAGAGACCACCCAUUACAGGAAUUUAACAAUACUGGCAUUUCAUGCUGCAGCACAACUUCACAAGAGGGUGAAAGCAUCGGCUUGAGAUGUGACCUUGAGGCUAGUGAUGAGAACAUUUCCAGUAAUUCUACAAUAGUCAAUAGUGUUGAAGGUGUCUGCCAAUCUGAAUCCAGCUCCUCCACUCACCCACAACCAAUCACUGAUCGUGAUGAAUCACAGAAAAAUACAGAAUCUACAAAGUGUACAAAUUCUUCAAUGCCAAAUGACCUUGUGACUUGCAGUGACAAGGUCGAGAAUCAUGCAUCAGAGACUAUUGUUUCAAGAGGACCAGUCCAUAGCACUGUACCGAGUAAACCAGUACCAAUUAUGAAGAAGCUUGCUGAUCAUACACUCACAAAUGGGACCAUGCCAGUUCUGUCACAUCUGCCAAGAGAAGUGCUGACAGAAGAUUCAACAAUAGACCUAGCCAAGAAGAUCCAAGUCCUGAGAGGGAACAGCGAAGGUGACGCCACUCCUUCCAUCUCACCAGACUCCUUGAGUCCUGAUGGUGCUAUGUCAGAUGACCCGUUCAGACAAGCUCUUGAUCCAUCGGCCAUCGAUGAGUCAUCUUUCAGCAGCUCGGACAGUGCGGUUGGUCACAUGUCUAGUGUCGGCUUCCCUGAGCUGUCGUCUGGACUACCCACCGGACCCCCUCUUGUUCCAGCCGGAAUCUCUGAAUGAAAUCUCUCCUUCUUAUAGGUCAUAGAAAUAGUGGGUAUUCAGAAGAAAAGUCCAGAAUAUUCUUUUGUUAAUGGACCAAGUUUAUCCAUCUCAAGUCAACUCAAGUUACUGUAAUAUAUCUUUAAUUAACAAACCUCAUUAGACAACUCAACAUGCUUACAUUUUCAACUUUCUUAGACAUUGUCAAUCCUUGCCAUAUAUAUUUAUAUCAUACAAUCCACAUAUACUCAACGGGUUAGAAUUUUGUUGAUGAUAUGUUUUCAUUCGUUAAGUGAGUUUCAGACUCUGAAGUUUGAAGAGAGAGAUUUAGAAUCAUUCAAAGGAUUGAUGUGAUCUCAAGGCAAGUGGCCUCUUUUUUAAGCAACAAAAAGGUCUUACAAAAGAUGUUUAAGAUUAAUAGUUCUGCUCACUAACAGUAUGUUAUUUACUCGAAGGAAGUUCAGUUGGUCCAUUCUUCUUUACGUGGAAGCAUACAUCAACAGAGUCUAAACAGUAUUAGGUAGUUUUAAGACAUUAAUGCCAUUACCUUUCCAAGAUAUGAAGGGGCCCGUUGCACAAAACUUACCAUUGAUGGUAACUUUGCCAUCAAUGGUAACUACCAUGGAAACCUUGAUUUUGAUUGGCUGUUGAGCCCUGUUACCAUCAUGGUAAUUGCCAUUGAUGGCAAAGUUACCAUCAAUGGUAAGUUUAUGCUCCGGCCCAGUUGCCCUGUCUAUUCACCUAAGUGUGAUUUUUAACAGAGUAUUGGUAAUAUAUAUCAGAGGGUGUAUAUCGAUUGAUAUAACUUACAAGAUACUUGCCAAGGCUGCUUGCCAAAUUAACAGUGGACACAUAAACAUGGUUUUAUGCACUCAAUAUUUGAGGGCUCUUGGGUCAACGGGGUGAGACGUUCUUUUCUUUUUUUUCAUUUUAAUCUCAGCAAUCAAGCUAUUUUUGGUUACACAUAUAUACAUAGAAAGGUAUCGAUGUGCCUCUAAUCAUCAUGGAUUGCAUCAGUAGAGGCCAACUCAACAUUUUCUGCAGGGAUGAUUGCUUAUUUUCAUCAAAGAUUAAAGGGGGGGGGGGUGGUUGCAGAUGGACUGUACAUGUAUGUUAAAUUUGGAGUAGGAGUUUUGGUUGGGUUAGUUGGUCAUGAAUAUGGGUGCUCAACGGCAUCUCGUACUAUUUUUUCUACAUAAAUUACAGAUGUUCAGUGGCAUCUAUCAUAUUUCUCGGGAUAUACACUGUAUGAAAUAUGUUCAUGAGAGUUUGUUUCAUGAAGUUCUUUCAUACUUGAACAAUAUCUUAAGAGAUAUUUCUUUCAGAUGUAUGUAGUGUAAAUCUAAGCAGUGUGUAGAUCUACAAAAUGUAUAUGUAUCAGAACAACUCAGUAUGCAAAGCAGUGCAUAUACUAUUCAAUUGUAUUAUAUCCGUAGUGUUGUGGUGCUUCUAAAUACAAAUCCAGUGCAAUGGUAGUGUAUAAUGAUAGUUUUCAGUUUCAAAGAAAUAGUUUUUUAGUAGCCUAAUAAAAGUGCAAAUUCCUUUUUUUAUAAACCAAGUGACUAAAGCAUUUUUGAUAAGCUUUAUUUAUUCUGCAUGAAGAGACUGUACAUUCUACAUGAUGUAGUGAUAUUGAGAAGGACAGUGUAUGUCUUUGCUUUGUCGCAAACUUGAGAAAUGAAUAGUGUAGAGUAAGAUUUUUUUAUAAAUUUGUUGUACAUAUAAGAUUUUCAAACUUGGAUAAGAAUAGUAAAAGGAUGAGCACCUUGGAAUGUUUGCAUUCUUUAUGUAUCUUCGAGAUAUAUAUCCUAACAUGAACCAUGAAAAUAGUUAUAUACAACUCUUUGAUAACAAUACUUAACACUGGGUAAUGCAAGCCAGCUCGUUAUUUGCUAGGAGGUUUGAUGCAGAGUUGAAAUGUGCUAAGGAAUCAUCAUUUUAUAACAAAAUAUCAUGCAAGAAUAAUUUAAAUAUUUGAAAUUGUAUGUAUUAAGUGAUAUUACAAAACAAAAUGCCAAUCAUAAUAUUAGAAGCUGUUCUGAUGUAUUGAGUCUACAGUUUGAAUGAUGACUGUAGCCAUAAUACAUACACGUGGUUUCUUCUCAACAAAUAAAGGAGAAAAACAAGUGAGAUUAUUUAUGAUUGACUUUUAUCACAUGUUUGUUCGUAUCCUCUGAGGCUGUAAACUUGUCUUUUUGUGCAUCACUCUGGUUUUUUUUGUUACAGGUUGAUACAUGUACUUUGAAACAUUAUUUGUUUGUAAUGUAUUACAUUUAUUGAUAUUAUUGUGUGUCUUAUGUAGAGAAAGAAAGAUUUAGAUUUGUUUUCAUCUAGAUCAAUUAAAUGUUCCAAGAAUAUGUGUACUAUUUCCACAGAUACGCCUACAGUUGA